AUAUUGCGCAUUGCAGAUGUUACAGACUUAUCGAAGGAAGAUGUCAGCGAGCCUGUGCCACGUUUACACGUUAGAAAUGUAUCGGAAGGACAAAGUGAAAGCAUACAUCCAAUCAAUCUGUCCGAACUGACAUGUCCUGCGCGAACCUUUCGUCAGCAUGGAAUCUAUAGCAGUCUUUUGGCAGGCAGUCGGAAAAGUCGAAGUGACGACACCCUCUACGCAGAAUUUCUAGCCGCUUUGGAGCCUCUUUUGCAGAAAAUGAAAGAGUUGAAUCUCGGUCGAUCUGGUACGCUGAGCGAACUGAUUUCUGAACUGACUUUUGCCUGUCGUUCAAAAGCCGUCCCUACGCUGCGUCACGCGGCCUUGAACCUAGUCAACCUGACCGUAUUUGGUGACGUUGGUGCUCAGCUGGACGUGAUCGUCAUUUGGUUAUCAACACUUGCCCUUCACCUUGACGUUGUCGUCCAAUAUUUUGCCCUUCUCUCCACUGCCUUCUUAUUGACGAAACUUGAGUUCACCACUCCCGUGCUCAACUCGGGUAUAGUAGACCGAAUACGGCCGUUUGUACGAACCCAUUCUUCACCUGCUGAAUUUGCUCGAAAUAGCCUAAUCCGUGCCUUCCUCUGCGUUUGUCGGGCGCAACAUUCAACUGCCCCAACACAAUGUUUCCACUGCUACACAAAAGCCACUCGAGGAUGGCUGCAGCAUCUCUUGCCUGCACUGUCUUCACCUUAUUCAGAAGUACGCAUACUGGCUGCGUUCCAUUUCUCAGCAAAUGCCAGUCUGAAUCCCGCAUAUCUAGCCUCCGCACAUAUUUGGGCAAAUAAAUAUUCCUAUGUCCUGUCCAAGUGA